AUGCACGCACUUCGUUUGUUGUCGUUAAGGUCCCUUCCCCUUGAGUUCAAGAUGUCCCCUUCCGCUUCUCUUUCAGCAACUUCCCUCGUUGGGAUUGGUCAAGCUCCUUCACUUAUUGCUCGAUCCGAUCCGGAACCAAUUGGGAUAGCACCUUUUCUUCUUAAGCUGGGCUUCUUUGAUCGGGAAAUGCACGCACUUCGUUUGUUGUCGUUAAGGUCCCUUCCCCUUGAGUUCAAGAUGUCCCCUUCCGCUUCUCUUUCAGCAACUUCCCUCGUUGGGAUUGGUCAAGCUCCUUCACUUAUUGCUCGAUCCGAUCCGGAACCAAUUGGGAUAGCACCUUUUCUUCUUAAGCUGGUUUUCUUAGAUAUUCUGCAAAACCAGAGCACGUGA